CGUAAACAACAAGAAAUUAUAAAUAAGCAACACACCAAGAACAAUAUUUAUAAGAACAAACAAAAGAGAAGAAGAACCCUAUUUUAGUUUAUUUUCUUAUAUGCAACUCACUAAGAAUCCGAUCAAACAAACGAGAAACGGAGAGAAGGAGAAACACACCGACGAUUUCAAGAUGAAGAGAUCUGUAGUCAUGGCUCCGGAAUCUCCCGUGUUCUUCCCACCUCCGCUUGUUUUCUCUCCUACGUCUGUCAAAACGCCGUCGUCUUCUCCUCGUUCAACACCACCGAAGCUGACUAUGGUUGCUUGUCCUCCAAGGAAGCCUAGGGAGACUACGACCAAUACUGAUCCGGGUUCGGAUCUUGAAACAGUGUUGAAAAGGAAACGGCCACCGAUGCUUGACUUAACCGCGGCUCCUGCGGUUGUGUCAUGGUGCAGUACGACGAGAGAGACGCCGGAGAGAGGGGUAGAGGUUGUUGAAGCGGAGAAAGAUGGAUACUACUCUGUUUAUUGUAAGAGAGGAAGACGCGGACCAAUGGAAGACCGGUAUGUCGCGGAGGUUGAUCAAGACGACGGCGGAGCUCAUAAAAACGCUUUCUUUGGGGUAUUUGAUGGUCACGGCGGAUCCAAGGCGGCGGAGUUCGCGGUGAUGAAUCUCUGGAACAAUAUCGAGGCGGCCAUGGCAGCAACGAGACCAGGAGGAGAAGGUUGGUCGAUGGAAAGAGCGAUAAGGGAAGGUUACAUCAAAACGGAUGAGGAUUUUUUGAAAGAAGGCUCGAGAGGAGGGACAUGUUGUGUAACCGCUCUGAUAUCAAAAGGCGAGCUCGCGGUUUCGAAUGCAGGUGACUGCCGGGCUGUUAUGAGUCGUGAUGGAACCGCUGAAGCUCUCACUUCCGAUCACAAUCCUUCUCAAGCAAAUGAGCUCAAACGGAUUGAAGCAUUGGGUGGUUAUGUUGACUGCUGCAAUGGCGUUUGGAGAAUUCAAGGGACACUAGCAGUCUCAAGAGGAAUUGGAGACCGGUAUCUCAAGGAGUGGGUAAUAGCCGAACCGGAAACCAGAACAUUACGGAUUAGACCGGAGUUCGAGUUCUUGAUCUUAGCAUCUGACGGCCUGUGGGACAAGGUAACGAACCAAGAGGCGGUCGAUGUGGUUCGACCAUACUUCGUAGGCGUAGAGAAUCCAAAUACACUUUUGGCGUGCAAGAAACUAGCCGAACUAUCAUUUAAGAGAGGCUCUUUGGAUGAUAUAAGUUGCAACCAAUGAAGACAACCAUAUUUGACAAACAAACAUAUGCAUAACCAUUAUACGCAUCAUCUAUGUCGUUGCUCAACUUACACACAGCUACCCACCUCCUUCUUCAAGAGUAUCAACAGUCCGAACCCCCUUAAUUCUCUAGCUGAU